AUGCGCCUCACUCACUCUUCCCUCCUCUUGGCCACCCUCACCCUCACCCUCCUAGCCACCAGCACGCCCAGCUCUGCCCUCUCUCCAACGCAGGCGGCGCGCCAUCUCUCCCCUCCCAACGUACACCAGCGCCCACAGCGGGUGAAACGUCUCUUAUUCGGUGGGGGCGGUGGCCAGACUACCUCACCUACUUCAACGGACGGCGGUGGAUCCACGCUAAGCAGCACGGGCAAGCAAGGUUCCCCCACUUCGACCUCAGCUGCAGCAGACAACGCUGCCACCUCUUCUUCAGCCGCCGCUGCCGCCGCCUCUUCCUCCUCCGCCGCCGCAGCAGCGGCACAGAGCUCGAGCGAGGCGCGUCAGAGUAGCCAAGCUGCCGCCUCGUCCUCACGCGCCGAUGCCGCUGCCUCCAGCUCAGCCGACGCUGCUGCCGCAUCCUCUUCCAGCGCUGCAGCCGCAGCGGCUAGUGCAACGAGCGUGCUAUCCACCACGGACGCGGGUGGGCAAACCAUCGUCGUCACCUCGGUCGUAGCCGCUCCCACCACGGCACCCAGUGCCGCCUCGGCAUCCGAUGGUGCGGAUUCCGACUCGUCGAGCGGGAACCACACCCCGCUAAUCAUCGGCGUAUCCGUAGUCGGCGGUCUUGCCCUAUUGGGCGGUCUCGUCUUCUUCCUCAUGAAGUUCUGCGGUAACCGUAAUGGGUUAGACGAUGCGGAUGGAAAUGACAUUAAGUGGCCCGAGCUGAAGCAUUCUGCUGGGGAAGAUGAGGAUGGAGCUAUCAUGCAGCCAUUGCCGGCGAGGAGGAGGGAGGGGGCCGCUGGAUUCGAUAUGGGCGAGGAGGAGGACGAUGUGGCCAGCAUGAGGGACGGUGCGGGUGGUGCGGGUGUGGCGGGGGGUUAUGGGUCAAAGAUGGUAGAGAAUGACUCGACGGCUCACCUCACUGGGGCGGGGGCUUAUGGGCACGGGAGUGGGAUGGGCAUGGGCAUGGGUAUGGGGGAGGGAUACCCACCCGAUUACGCGAGCGGAUAUGACCAGCAUUAUCCCUCCGGCGUGGGGUACGACGCACCGCAGCACGGGUACGAGGCGCAGCAGCAGUCGCACCAGCAGCAGCACUUUAGCGGCGUGUACGACGAGGGACAACGCUACGACUAUGAUCCUGCUGGGCAGGGUCAGUAUGGCCAUGGGCACGGACAGAUGUACCCUCAUCAUCGUUAG